CCCCGUUGGUUUGCUGAGUCUGAUUUCGGACGAUGAACAACAACAUUUACUUGCAGCAACCAUUAUCACAACACUAGGCCGAUCACCACAAGAUACUGUUACUCACUUUGCCGACUCCAUCUACCGGACCAAGUCUUGAUCAAUCGCACAACGCCGUUCAACUUCGUUUAUCGCAGGCCCGAGCUCCGAUCAUCACCCAGUAGGCAACGGACGAGUUUGACGAUAACAAGACACUCGUACACGUAUACGCACUUACAUACCGCCAAAAGACGAUACGAAGCGUUCAACUCAAGUCAACAUGAAAUUCUCUUCCAUUGCUGUCAUCGCCACCGCCGUGGCUGGCGUCACCGCCGUCCCGGUCGACUCUGGCCCCCUGGCCAACCUCCAAGCCCGCGCCUCGGACGCCAUCGGCGGCGUCGUGCACUACAUCCGCCGCGAGCAGGCCGGCACGCCCGUCGUGCCGGACAUUAAGCGCGCGCCGAUCCGGUUCCGUAGCGCGCUCGAGCACGAGAACGACGUGCGGCGGCGCAAGAACAGCGCCGAGAAAAAGGACCCGCCGCCGUCGCCGCCGCUGAUCCCGUUCGUCACGAAGCCCGAGAGCAGUCGUCAGAAGCGGUCGGCGCCUGACCUGACGAGGAGGAGCCCGGCAGCCGAGUCGUCCGUGCCGCCCCUGGAGCCGUUCUCGACGAGGCGGCGAGAAGAGGGCUCUCAGUGAUUAGAGAGCGUAGAGCAUCUCGAUCACCCCAUCAUCCCUUGGCCGGCUCGAGGAAGUCACUGUGACAUACUUUCCCACAUGGCGAGGGUUCGACAGACAGAUGGUGACUACUCUCGUGAUCCGGGCUGUAAUCCACUGCCGACUUUGGAGGAUUGUGAAGGCUGAAUCUAUCAUCCGUUUCGUCAAGCACAUGGGAGGAAAGACUUGGAAAGGAUACUUUCUUCCGUUGGUGUCUGCAGUCUUCUUAGAGUGGAUGCUGGGGGGAUGGGAGCUUCCUGGGGAAUUGAUCUUCGAUUCACUGUAUAUCUUUUCUUUUCCAAAGCCGUUAUAUAUGACCCUUGUCUUCCGAGACCUUCUAUCUUUGU